AUGGGCGAGGCGCUGGCGAUCAGGCCGUUCAGCUGCCUGUGGUUUGAGGACGUCGAAGCAGAGGGCCACUUUUGCAAGCAGUACACCGCGAGGCGGUUCAGGUCUCUGGACCGCCCGUUCCAGAGGAUCGACCUGGUGAUCGGCUUGGCGUUCGUCGCGGGUGUGCUGAGGGUGCACGGGGCAUCCUGGAGCGGCGGCUGGGCAUUGUUCUUCCUUGCGCUCAACGCGGCCGUAGACUGGCUAUGGUACAUUUGGAAAGUGGACUCCAGGCCGGAGUUGCGAGCGCGGAUGGCGCUCAUGAAGCGCAUGGCGGUCAAUGUGCCCGUGGCGCUGCUGUCUACGCUGUGGUUUAAGGGGACCGUGGCGUCACCGAGAUCGCUGGUCCGCUUCAUGAUUUUGACCACUGGGGUGCUCGGCCUGGCGUUUCCGACAUUCGCGAUACCGAUGAUGACCGCGAACCACCUGAUGAUCCAGGUGCCAACCGUGGCCUUCAUGGCGCUAUAUGCGCCGCAGCGGGCGUGCUCUGAAGCCAGCGUGCCCCCCUCCAGCGCGCCGUACAUUGUGGCCGCAUGGCGGUGGCUGAAUGCCAUGUGCACAGGCGCGCUGAAAAACGUGCCGACGCCCGGCGUGCGCCAAAGCUGCCGGGACGUGGUGGUCAUGUCGACGGUGGUGCUGGGGCUCUGCUUGCCUUCGUACGUCCUGUGGGCCUCGGAGUACAGGGCGCGAGUGGCGUUCAGCGGGGGCGUGCUGCCUCAGCUGACGUGGUGGAUGGUGCUGGCGCACGGUUUGCUGUUUGUGACGGCAGUGUCUUGGCUGUGGGCGGUGCACAUUGGCGCCUGGCAGUGA